CAAUCAGAAUCAGAAUCGUUUCGGCUUGCGUGGAGUGCAGACUGGUGUCGGUCGUGUUUCGGUGUGCCAUUGAUUCAGUGGAAAGAGGUGACAUCAGUGCGGUUGUUGAAAAUCUUAUUUUUACGGAAAAUCUGCUCUCCAAAGUUGAUAAAUCGACCGAAAACCAGUUAACAAGAUGGUGUGGGGCUUUGUAACGUGUGGUCCGAAUGAGGCGCUAGUUGUUUCAGGAUGUUGCCACAUGAAACCACUGCUGGUCCCGGGAGGGCGUGCCUUUGUGUGGCCAUCGAUCCAGCGCGUUCAACGCAUUUCUCUUAACACCAUGACGCUGCAGGUGGAGAGUCCGACCGUGUACACCAGCCAGGGUGUUCCGAUUUCCGUCACCGGCAUCGCUCAGGUGAAGAUCCAGGGCCAAAACGAGGACAUGCUGUUGACGGCUUGCGAACAGUUUCUGGGCAAAACGGAAGCCGAAAUUCAACACAUCGCUUUGGUCACCCUGGAGGGGCACCAGCGGGCCAUCAUGGGCUCGAUGACGGUGGAGGAAAUCUACAAGGACCGUAAGAAGUUCUCGAAGCAGGUGUUCGAGGUAGCCUCUUCCGAUCUGGUCAACAUGGGCAUCACGGUGGUCUCGUACACCUUGAAGGAUAUCCGCGACGAGGAGAAUAUAGGUCGCCCCGGUACGUUCAACCGCGCCGAAAGGAAGUCCGUGGGAUACUUGAAGAGCCUCGGUAUGGCCCGAACGGCCGAGGUCAAACGUGACGCUCGCAUCGGCGAGGCGGAGGCCCGUUGCGAUGCCACGAUCAAGGAGGCGAUCGCCGAGGAGCAAAGGAUGGCCGCCCGGUUCCUGAACGAUACCGAAAUCGCGAAGGCCCAGCGGGACUUCGAGCUGAAGAAGGCCGUCUACGAUGUGGAGGUGCAGACGAAAAAGGCUGAAGCCGAGCUCGCGUACGAGCUGCAGGCGGCCAAGACCAAGCAACGCAUCAAGGAGGAACAGAUGCAGAUCAAGGUGGUCGAGCGUACCCAGGAGAUCGCCGUUCAGGAGCAGGAAAUGGCUCGCCGUGAACGGGAACUGGAAGCCACCAUUCGACGGCCCGCCGAGGCGGAAAAGUUCCGCUUGGAGAAGCUGGCCGAAGCCAACCGAAAUCGGGUGAUCCUGGAGGCGGAAGCCGAAGCAGAAGCGAUUAAGGUUCGAGGUGAAGCCGAGGCGUUUGCCAUCGCCGCUAAAUCGAAGGCCGAAGCCGAACAAAUGGCCAAAAAGGCGGAAGCAUGGCGUGAGUAUCGCGAAGCCGCAAUGGUCGAUAUGCUGCUGGAUACUUUGCCAAAGGUUGCAGCUGAAGUUGCUGCCCCAUUGUCCCAGGCCAAGAAGAUUACGAUGGUAUCGAGCGGAACAGGAGAAGUUGGUGCUGCAAAGCUUACCGGAGAAGUUCUGCAGAUCGUCAACAAGAUUCCCGAUCUGGUCAAAUCGAUUACUGGCGUGGACAUUUCGAGGUCGGUUCACGCUGGUUAGAACCCAGCAUCGGUUGGCGAUCUGCUGUUGGUUUUGUGAGCAACAACCCGAACAACUUGGUCGAUCCCAGUGACACCGGAAGUGGAAAAACGGUAUGUGACGGUGAUGGUAGAAGAAGACAAAAGUUGCACACAGCACGAACCAGAUCCCGCGAUGAAGGCCAGCGUGGGAGUGCCUCGCGUGGCGUGAAUCUUUUCAUGUUUUGAAAAAUAGAACCGUAUCUUCAGCGAAAAAUGUAUAAUGGAACCGUUUGCCAAAGAGUUUGACUCCUCCCGGUGAAUUUGAUUCGUUUUGUUGGUGAGUUUCUUCUUUUUUGUUUUUUUUUUUUUAUAUUGUUAUCUUUGUUUAUUAAUCUGUAUAUCUAUGAUUUAAUGCAAACCUAUUGAGUAAAAGAGUAGUUUGUGCCCUUCCACAAUUAUUUCAUUUAUAGAACACUUUAAAAUAAGACAGCUAAUGGUCUAAUGAUAAGGAAAAGUGUCAAACCACUAUCUUCAUUUACUUACAUCUUGAACGAGAUAUUGAAUUUUUAACGAUUGUUAUAGCGGACCAGUUUCAUAGCAUUUACCUACCAUAAGAGAAAUGCGCAGUACGAGUAAACCAUAAAAAUCACAAAAUCGAAUCACUGCCAUAUGUCGCUAACGAAAAGUUGAGCGCUUUGAAAUUCAACCUUAACAAUGAGAACGCCAAAAAUGGGGACACAAAACACGGAGUGUGAAAUUGCACAAGAAAUGAAAUGUUUUUUCAAUGGUUCGAUGUUCUCGUUUUCUACCAAAAACAAUAAUAAGUGAUAGUAAAUAUUGCACUACUGUAGCAUCCAAGAAUGAUUCUAUUUGAAACAAUCAAUUUUUCUGAUUUGGAAGAAAUUCUUCCAAAUGAAACUGUUCCGCAACAAAUUGCCAUGUUGUAUAUUUAUGUUAUCAUUUCCGCCCUUCUAUACGUUAAGGGUUCCAAAUGCGGUGCGUGGAUAUUAUUACCUUUCCUCCCAUUAACGUGCACCACUAAAAUAUAUAUAAAAUGAUCCAUCCACACAAAAUUUUUGGCCUCUUAGACAAUGGAAAAAGCAUAGUAGGAAAUAUUUCUGUUUUAUUGAUCAUCAUAAUUGCAACUCGAACGAUUUCAUCAGCAGCAUACUUAUUGAGCUACGAAUUUAUACAAACGAUAUUAAAAGAAAAGAUAACAGAUGAGAACCAAGAUGCUCGAAAAAUUUAAAACUUAAAUAUUUGUAUAGAAAUAUGGUCUUGGUUGGUCACAUAAAAUGACGUGCUUAUAAUUGUUUGUCUUUUUUCGUCGCUAUCUAACGAUCACAAAAUUUAAUCAUCUUUAAAAUAACGCACUUUGAAUAUCUUCAUUAUUCUUUCGUAGUACAAGAACUACAGAAAGCAUUUAUUGUUAUAGUGUUCUAGUUCAGUUCAAUUGAGAACAUCACAGAACAAAAGAUGCCCUAAGAUUUUCAGCAAUUUUUGUUUCAAACGAAAUAAAAAACAAUAUAAACUUAUCUCAUCCAAUGAAUGGAAUUUUUAAUUUUUUUUCUUCUGAAGAUUGUGACAAAUUUUUAUCGCAUUCUUGUCAUCGUCCUUCAAUGUGGCAUAGAAAUCCCGAAACGUUGGAUGAUAAAACUUACACGGUUUGAUUUUUUUUGUAAACCGAAAUUGCCGAAAAUCUUUACAUUAUAAUCGAACAAAACACCUAGUUAACCGAUUUUUUUUUAUAAUAGUCAAUCAAACAACUUUUUAAAUUACAAAUGUCUACUGUUUGAUUUCUUUUUCUCCGAACAUAAAUUUAUUCACCGUACAAAACUGUAACAGAACAAAAAUGGUUUAUUCGAAAUUUGAAUAGAACGAUAAACAGUAGAAUAAAUAUAUAAAAUAAUUAAAAAGUGCAGAAAUAUAAAGGUUAUUAGUUCUAUUAUUUGUGUUAUCUUUGGUGGAAACAUCUCAUAAGCGCGAAAUCAAACCGAAAUUAUAAAAAAAAUCCUUGAAAACCAUACAACAACAAAGCAUAAACCUGAAAACUUUCGACAAAAAAUAUUUGAAAAGGCAAACAAUUAACAUUGGCGCUAAGCUGCGUGUUUAAUCUAGUAAAAUAACAAGAAACAGAAAUAAAUCAACUACAUAAUAUUUAAACGAAUCUUGAAGAUAAAAGAUAAGAAUAUAUAUAUUUUGUAAGCAGAAUUUCUCGAUCGAUGGAUAAAAACCGUAAAUCAGUGUAACGAACAGAAUAACAAAACAAACAGAAAACUAUAAAUGAUUAGAGCUGCAGUCAACAUUUUUGUAUGUUUCAUUGUGAAUACCUAUUGUGCUGAACGAUAUUACAUGCUAUAGUUUAGAAAACAGAGCAAUUCAAUACGAUUUUCUGUGAACUUAUAAACAGAUUUGUGUUCGUUUUGCCAGCUGUGCAAAAAAAAAAACUUUCAAGGGUUCAAAUAAAAUGUAUAUCUUUCGAAAUUCAACUGUCUGAUCGGAGCUGUUUUCCGUAUUCUAUUUUCUAUCAACAUUUUCCCUUGACAUCACAUUUUCAAUCUCUUUUCACAAAAAUACUAACAGUGCACCGGGCGAAAACAAAGGAACUCGCUUCAUUCAAAUACUCGAAAACGUAACUGUUACUCCUUUGAAGAAUGAAGAAAAACCCAACCAGAAACAAUUCGCAAACACUCGAAUACUACCUACUAACAUCUAUAGCGAAACAAACACAUAAACAGAGAUAGGUUUAUACAUGUUGUAAACGAUUUAUUGAUAGACCACACAUAAAACAAUCAGCAGAAAUCUUUUUACAACGCGUGUUACACACAGACACACACACGAACAAAAGAUGUAUCGAUUGUUUCGUGCUGGUUAACACUUAACACUUCCUAUAAACAUUCUAACACAAAAUGGGAGACAUUCUUUAACAUAAAAUGGGAAAAGAGAUCCGAA